AUGUAAUCUCCUAAUAAAAGUGCUUUGUCACAUAGAGAUUAAGCGGAUGAUGUUAGGCCACUUGCGGUUUAAGAACAACUAGAUUUGGGACCAUUUAAAAUAACUCCUCAACAAUUAUAACAAAUAUUUCAUCUAAACACAAGAAGAAGUACUUGCGAAGAGUUAGAUUACUUGGUACAACAAGGAGGUAUAGGUAAGCCACUAACAUUAUUCACUAAUUUUAGAUUGGUUAAUUGAUGGUUUACACACAUCUAUAAAGGAUGGAAUAAAUGACGACCACGAUUAAAGAAUUUAAGUCUAUGGACAUAAUAAAAGAAUCGUGAGACCUCCAUAAACAUAUUGUGAAUUGUUAUGGAAUGCGUUAGAAGAUUUUACAAUGCGAGUUUUAUUAAUAGCAUCAAUAGCCAGUAUUGUGAUAGAGGUAGCUACUGCAGAUAAUGAACAUCGCCAUUUAGCCUGGAUUGAGGGGUUUGCUAUAUUUGUUGCAGUCUUAGUUUGUACUAAUGUUGCUGCUAUGAAUGACUAUUCAAAAGAGAAGUAAUUUAGAAAGCUCAAUGCUGCCAGUGAAAAAUCGAAAAUAGUGGCAGUUAUUAGAAACAAACAAUUGAUUCAAAUUCAUGAAGAGUAAGUGUUGGUUGGAGAUAUUUGUAAACUAAUAGAGGGAAUGGAAAUUCCAGCUGAUGGAGUAUUACUUGAAGCUUCUGAUGUGAAAGUGGAUGAAUCCUCAAUGACUGGAGAAACCCAUUCAAUUACAAAAGGGACAAUAAAUUAAUGUCAAAUGUAGAAAUAGGAAUUGCAGGCUGAAGGAGUUCAAUUAGGUGAAUAAGACAGAUUUAAAAUACCAUCUCCUGCAUUACUAUCUGGUACAAGAGUAUUAGAGGGAGAAGGAUUAUUUUUAAUAUGUGUGGUUGGAGAUCUCUCUUGUUUGGGUUAAAUUAAAGCUUCCUUAGAAUAAGAAGAAGAGGAAGGUAUAAUAAUUAUCUGAUUAUUUUACUAGAAACUCCUUUAUAAGUUAAAUUGACUAUGAUAGCAGAAGACAUUGGUAAGUUUGGAUUGAUCUCAGCAGUGUUGAUAUUCUUUGUCUUGAUGAUUCGUUUCGCAAUAGAGAGAGGAAUAGCCAAUGAGUGGGAUCAUAGCAAACAUUGGAUGGAGAUACUGAAUUUCAUCAUUCUUUCCAUUGUGGUUCUUACAGUAGCUAUUCCUGAGGGAUUGCCUUUGUCAGUUACAAUUUCUCUGGCUUAUUCUGUUCAAAAGAUGAUGGAUGAUAAGAAUUUAGUUAGGAAAAUGUAUGCUUGUGAAACCAUGGGAGGAGCAGAUUCCAUUUGUUCUGAUAAGACAGGAACAUUGACAAUGAAUAAAAUGGUCUUAACAAAAAUUUGGAAUAAGCAAUUUUAUGAAAUUGACUAUUUGGCUAAAGAAUAGAAUUUGAGUUAGUUGAUAUCAAAAUCAAUGGAAAAUCUAUUUUUAGAAGCUUUAUGUUGUAAUUCAUCAGCUGAAUUGAUACCUGAAUCAGGAUCAAAGACUGAAAUAGCCAUACUAGAAUAUUUGCAAAAGGCAAGAAUAGAUUAUAGAAAAAAGAGAGAGUCAGUGAAUUUCAUUAAGAAAAACCCUUUCAGUUCAGCGAGAAAAAGAAUGAGUGUCAUAGUGGAUACUAAACACAAUGGACUACCAGUCAAAAGAUUAUACAUAAAGGGAGCAUCUGAAAUAAUAGUGUAAAGUUUAACUCACAUGCAUACCUAUGAUGAUUAGAAAAUAAAAUUGGGAGUUAAGGAAAUAUAAGAGAUUGAGAGAAUAAUCAGUUAGAUGGCUAAAUAAUCUUUGAGAAUAAUCUGUGUUGCUUACUUAGAUUUGAGAGGAGAUGAAGACUUAUAGAAAAUUAAUGGAAAAGUGUACGAUAUUGAAACGCAAGAUCUUACAUUUCUAGGAUUGUUUGGUAUAAUGGAUAAUCUCAGAGAAGGAGUUAAAGAUGCUGUUACUAAAUGCAAAUAGGCAGGAAUUAAAGUGAGAAUGGUUACAGGAGACAACUCAGAAACUGCAAGAGCCAUCGCUAUGAAUUGUGGAAUCAUUGAAUAAGGAGACAGUCAAGCCAUUGUAAUUGAGGGAGCUGAAUUUAUGAAAGAAGUUGGAGGAGUUGUUUGCAAGAAUUGUACUACUGAACUGUGUAAAUGUGCUAAGUCAUCCAAUGAAGCAGAAAAGAAUGGCACUUCUUUAAGAGUGGAUACUCUGGGCAAUAUGUCCAGAUUUAAACAAAUCUAUCCUUAAAUUGCUGUUAUGGCAAGAUCUAGACCUACUGAUAAAUACGCUAUGAUUAUUGGAUUAAAAGAGUGUGAACAUAUUGUGGCAGUAACAGGAGAUGGUACCAAUGAUGCACCAGCCUUAAAGAAAGCAGACGUUGGUUUUGCUAUGGGUAAAGCAGGAACUUAAGUUGCCAAAGAUGCUUCUGCUAUUAUUUUAAUGGAGGACAAUUUUAGUGAUAUUGUUAAGGCUGUCAUGUGGGGUAGAAAUAUAUUUCAAUCCAUAAGGAAAUUCUUAUAAUUUUAAUUGACAGUCAAUGUAGUUGCAGUGGGAUUCACCUUGAUCUCCUCUGCUCUAUUAAAGUAAGAUGUUCUUAAACCUAUUUAAAUGUUGUGGGUCAAUCUCAUUAUGGAUUCCUUUGCUUCUCUUGCUUUGGCUACUGAACCUCCUUCCGAAAUCCUCUUGAAGGAUCGUCCAUAUUCAAGAUCUGAGUCCAUUGUCACUUAUAAGAUGAUUAAACAUAUUAUUGGAUAGGCCAUUUAUCAACUGACUGUCAUUCUAAUUCUCGUGUUUCUAGCCUAAGAAUUCAUACCUGAAUAUGCCGAUGACUACGAUGAUGUCAUUAGAGACAGAAUAUAGGAAAAAAUGGAAGAAGACUCAGAUUUUGUUUUUGAAUAAUCCUCUCUUUAUCACCCUAAAUAUAAUACUGACUAUUAUCCUGAAUCUUUGAGAUUAAGAAGUGGAAGAUUCUUGACUGUUACUAGUGAAAAUGAUUUUGAAGAUAUUUUUAAUGAGUUCAGAGUGCCAUCUCGUCAUUACACCUUUAUUUUCAAUGCUUUUGUUUUUAUGCAAGUGUUCAAUUUCAUUAAUAGCAGAAAAUUAAAUGAUGAGAUCAACGUUUUUUCCAACAUAUGCAACAAGUAUUUUAUUAUUCUAUUUAAGUCUUAUGUUCGUUUUGAUAGUGUUCUUUAUAAUAAUCUUGCAAAUUAUUUUAGUCACCUUUGGUAGUCUUGCUUUCUCAUGCUAUAGUUAUUAUGGACUUACAAUUCAAUAAUGGGUGAUCUCCCUUAUUAUAGGAUUGGUUGGACUUGUUGUAAGUUUCAUACUCAAACUCAUACCUGAAUAACAUGUAAUAGAAUGAUAUUUUAUUUAGAUAUGCCCGAAAACAUAGCAUGCAGGAUCAAGGACUCUUGAUAAAAAACCAUCUGGUAUUCUAGAAUUGAGAAGAGGAUCGUCUUUAAGGAAAAAAUAAUCUAUGCAUGUAGAUCAACCACCAGUUUAAGAUAAUCAUAUUUAAUUAAUUGAAAAAUGA